CUCGACGUGGUACUGCAGUAGCUGCGGAAGGUUGCUGGGAUUUUUCGCGCCUUCAAGCGCAUCGUCCGCAGAGUCAUCUGGCGCCAAGUAGCCACCGCACGGAACACACGACCUGCGACGCCUGCUGGGUUCUCGCCAAUCGGCGUCGGCCGUCGUGCGUGACCUUUACCUGCCGACUGGCUCACACUCGCACUUUGCCGUUGCGAAGAAGGACAAGUAUGUUUGCGCACCGCGUGCGCCUGCCAGGGCGCCUCUCGAUGAUCGCGGCGGCACCGCGUCCCCGCAGCGCGUCGCUCGAGGCAGCCCCACGCGAAAUACCAGCACUGCGUCCGACGAGCUCCACCGAGGGUUUCUCGCGGCUGCCGUCGCUGGACGAGGACGAAGACUUGCAGAUCCAGUACCUCGACGACAACGACGACGACGACGAGAUUCCCUACGUCGACCGGUUGUCGGCGUCGACGACAGUGCUGUCCUGGGACGACAUGGCGGACGCGACCGACGUUGAGAUUGUACGCGCCCGGGACACGUACUCGCCACUCUCUCGGCUCUCGGAUAUUUAUAAGCUGCAGCACCUCUUGCUCUUGCAGAACGCGCAGGCACGCAGCCAGCGCAGCUACUCGUGCAACGACCUCCACGACACGAUUCGCAAGGUCGCGACCGAGUUUGUCGCCGCGUGGCGCCAGCGCGCGCGCAGUUCGGCGGUCGCGUCGUUUGAGUUUCAGCUCCUCGAGUGGGCCCAAGUGAUCUUUAGCUACGAAGGGCAAAUCUACGACGACCGGUGUCUGCGCACGAUGGACCAGCGCGGCAUGGAGAAGGAGUUACUGCAUGUGCGCAAGAAGGUCGAGGCGAUUCACGCCAAGCUAAUGCUCGUCCACGUCUCGGACCGUGCGACCAAGCACCAAGCGACGACGUCGUCGACGCACCUCCUCGACCGCAUCCAGAAAAUUUUGCGCGACGUUGCCGGCACGCACCACUUUCACCGGUCCGGCAAAGUCGAUUACAUGCAGUUGUAAUAUCGAUCAAUACCACCAGUGAAUUAUACCGA